UUUGGAUUAAUUUAAUAUUCCCAUUUUCGUAGACUUUAGUUACGAGAUAGGUGUCGUAAGGGCUACGCGUGCCCUUGUUUGAUAGUAAUUAGGUAAAACAGUGCAAUAUGUUCCGGCAAAAAAACACGGCGAUUUGCCUCCUCCUGAGUUUAGCAAUCAGCGCAACUUCGGAGGCGUUCUUCCUCAAAUGGGGCUCAGAUUCCGGAAGUCAAACCUCGUCAAGGAAUUGGGUACAACCGGUAUCACCUUACAGAUAUCAAUACAUGUACCCCUACGAAUCGAGAAAGUAUUAUCAGAUACCUCAACAGUACCAGCAGCCCGAGAUACUCCAACAGAACAUGGCACCUAUCCCUAUAAGUGUGCCCGCGGGAGCCAGUUUAACACCAGUGUCACUACAGCAUGUCCAGCUCGUACCCUGUAUGUGCCCCGUGGCUCCUGAAGAAGCGGAGAAAAUCCAAGAACAAGUCGGCCCGGGCCCUUAUGUCGCGCAAGCUUAUCCCCAAACCUACUCCGUGCCACAGCAGUUGCCGGUGGCGGAUACCCAAAAAACGACAUCUCAACAGUAA